AUGGCGGACCCGGCGGAAUGCAACAUCAAGGUCAUGUGUCGCUUCCGACCCCUCAACGACUCGGAGGUGACCCGCGGCGACAAGUACGUGGCCAAGUUCCAGGGCGAGGACACGGUCAUGAUCGCGUCAAAACCAUAUGCAUUCGACCGGGUAUUCCAGUCAAAUACGUCUCAAGAGCAAGUAUAUAAUGACUGUGCGAAGAAGAUUGUCAAAGAUGUACUGGAGGGAUACAAUGGAACAAUAUUUGCCUAUGGGCAAACAUCCUCAGGGAAGACACACACAAUGGAGGGUAAACUUCAUGAUCCAGAAGGCAUGGGAAUUAUUCCAAGAAUAGUACAAGAUAUUUUUAAUUAUAUUUACUCCAUGGAUGAAAAUUUGGAAUUUCAUAUUAAGGUUUCAUAUUUUGAAAUUUAUUUGGAUAAAAUAAGGGACCUAUUAGAUGUUUCAAAGACCAACCUUUCAGUUCAUGAAGAUAAAAAUCGAGUUCCCUACGUAAAGGGUUGUACAGAGCGUUUCGUAUGUAGUCCAGAUGAAGUCAUGGAUACCAUAGAUGAAGGGAAGUCCAAUAGACAUGUAGCAGUUACGAAUAUGAAUGAGCACAGUUCUCGGAGUCACAGUAUAUUUCUUAUCAAUGUCAAACAAGAGAAUACGCAAACGGAACAAAAGCUGAGUGGAAAACUUUAUCUCGUUGAUUUAGCUGGUAGUGAAAAGGUUAGUAAAACUGGAGCUGAAGGUGCAGUGUUGGAUGAAGCUAAGAAUAUCAACAAGUCACUCUCCGCUCUUGGAAAUGUUAUUUCUGCUUUGGCUGAGGGUAGUACAUAUGUCCCAUAUCGCGAUAGCAAAAUGACAAGAAUCCUUCAAGAUUCAUUAGGUGGGAACUGUAGAACUACAAUUGUGAUUUGCUGCUCUCCAUCGUCAUACAAUGAAUCUGAAACAAAGUCUACACUACUCUUUGGCCAAAGAGCCAAAACAAUUAAGAACACAGUUUGUGUCAAUGUAGAAUUAACUGCAGAACAAUGGAAAAAGAAGUAUGAGAGAGAAAAAGAGAAGAAUAAGACCCUGCGGAACACCAUUCAGUGGCUUGAAAAUGAGCUCAAUCGGUGGCGGAAUGGAGAGACAGUGCCUAUUGAUGAACAGUUUGACAAAGAGAAGGCAAAUUUGGAAGCUUUUGCAUCAGAUAAGGAUAUUACUAUUACCAAUGAUAAACCAGCACCUACAAUCGGAGUUACUGGAAACUUUACUGAUGCUGAAAGAAGAAAGUGUGAAGAAGAACUUGCUAAAUUGUACAAACAACUUGAUGACAAAGAUGAAGAAAUUAAUCAACAGAGUCAAUUGGUAGAGAAACUAAAGACACAAAUGUUGGAUCAGGAAGAGCUUCUGGCAUCUACCAGGAGGGAUCAAGAUAAUAUGCAAGCUGAGCUGAAUCGUCUUCAAGCAGAAAAUGAUGCCUCUAAAGAAGAAGUCAAAGAAGUUUUACAAGCUUUAGAGGAACUGGCUGUUAAUUAUGAUCAGAAAUCUCAGGAAGUGGAAGAUAAAACUAAGGAAUAUGAAUUGCUUAGUGAUGAACUAAAUCAGAAGUCGGCAACAUUAGCAAGUAUAGAUGCUGAACUUCAGAAACUUAAGGAAAUGACCAAUCACCAAAAAAAACGAGCAACUGAGAUGAUGGCAUCUUUAUUAAAAGACCUUGCAGAAAUUGGAAUUGCUGUAGGAAACAAUGAUGUAAAGCAACCUGAGGGAACUGGCAUGAUAGAUGAAGAGUUUACUGUUGCAAGACUCUACAUUAGCAAAAUGAAAUCAGAAGUAAAAACAAUGGUUAAACGCUGCAAACAAUUAGAAAGCACACAAACCGAGAGCAACAAAAAAAUGGAAGAAAAUGAAAAGGAGUUAGCAGCAUGCCAACUUCGCAUUUCUCAACAUGAAGCAAAAAUUAAAUCAUUAACUGAAUACCUUCAAAAUGUGGAGCAAAAGAAAAGGCAGUUGGAAGAAUCUGUUGAUUCUCUUAGUGAGGAACUAGUCCAGCUUCGAGCACAAGAGAAGGUCCAUGAAAUGGAAAAGGAGCACUUAAAUAAGGUUCAGACUGCAAAUGAAGUUAAGGCAACUGUUGAGCAGCAGAUCCAAAGCCACAGAGAAACUCAUCAGAAACAAAUCAGUAGUUUGAGAGAUGAAGUUGAGGCAAAAGAAAAGGUUAUUACUGAUCUCCAAGACCAAAACCAGAAAAUGAUGUUAGAACAAGAACGCCUGAGAGUAGAACAUGAGAAAUUGAAAGCUACAGAUCAAGAAAAGAGUAGAAAACUACAUGAGCUUACAGUUAUGCAAGACAGACGAGAACAAGCAAGACAAGACUUGAAGGGUUUGGAAGAGACUGUGGCUAAGGAACUUCAGACUUUACACAACUUGAGGAAGCUCUUUGUUCAGGACUUGGCCACCAGAGUUAAAAAGAGCGCUGAGGUUGAUUCUGAUGACACAGGAGGCAGUGCUGCCCAAAAACAGAAAAUCUCUUUUCUUGAAAAUAAUCUUGAACAACUCACUAAAGUGCACAAACAGUUGGUACGUGAUAAUGCAGAUCUUCGCUGCGAACUUCCUAAAUUAGAAAAGCGACUUAGAGCUACAGCAGAAAGAGUGAAAGCUUUGGAAUCAGCACUCAAAGAAGCCAAAGAAAAUGCAUCUCGGGAUCGCAAACGCUAUCAACAAGAAGUAGAUCGCAUAAAGGAAGCAGUGAGAUCAAAGAACAUGGCCAGAAGAGGACAUUCUGCGCAAAUCGCUAAGCCUAUUCGUCCAGGGCAACAUCCAGCUGCUUCUCCUACUCAUCCAAGUGCAAUUCGUGGCGGAGGCGCAUUUGUUCAGAACAGCCAGCCUGUAGCAGUAAGAGGUGGAGGAGGCAAGCAGGCGUAAGCUUUAUGCAUUACCCACAGGUGUUGAAAAUAAUCGAAGUCUGAAGAGGACAUAAUAUCAUUCAAUGACUAUAACCUCUGCCCUCUUGGGAACUGUAGAAUUAAAACUUUCUCAAUGUAUAAAUGAUACCUGGCCUGUACAGCUGUUUCCUACCCACUCUUCUUGUAAACUCUGCUGCUUCCCAACACAACUAGAGUGCAAUUUUGUCGUCUUAGGAGGGAAAAUGACAGUUUACAACUGUGGCCCUAUUUAUUACACAGUUUGUCUUUCAUGUCUUAAAAUUAGUCUUCACGUGCCAAGCUUACUGUAUCAUAUAGGAGUGUGCUUUUUUGUACUUGUUAUUUUUUUGUGUAUGUUUAUUUUAAUCUCCAAUUUAAAUUACCUAGCUGCUUAUUUUUCUUUUCUUAUUAAAAUAUCUUCCUUAUUUUAGGAAAAUAAAACACUUAGAUCAUAUAUUUCAAAUUUACCACUUAGAACACUAUAUGCCAAGAUAGAUCAGUACUAUAAAAUUCCUUGAAAUGGUUUCAGAAUUAAAUUAUUUGUGUCAUCUCUGAAGUUUGCUUCUGAAAACUACUGUUUAAGCACUGAAACCUUAAAACUGCCUGGGCAAUUGAGACUUGAGCAGGACUGCUUAGUUGUUAUCUCAGAAAUGCCUGUUGCCGAAUUACUCUGGAUAGAAAUACUUUCACAAUAUUAAAAUUAGAUCUCAGUUUGAGUUCAGGAAAAAAAACUUAUUUCUCCUUCCAAAUUCUAGAAUCAACAUUGUUUGGCGAAUGAAAACAUUUUGGUGAGCUUGGGAGUUAAUACAAGACUUGGGUAGAUACGGGGACUAGAGUGGCUGGAGAAUAGUGGGUAGGGCUCUUGCUUUGCAUGUGGCCAACCAGGCUUCUAUCCAUGACACCCCGAUUGUGCCUCAAGCCCCACCAGGAGUGAUUUCCUGAGUUCAGAGCCAGGAGUAGCCCUAAAUACUACCAGGUGUGGCCAACAAAAAAAUAAAGCAAAAAGACAAUUGCAUAGAUAGGAAUUUGUGUUUUUAAUAAGAUCAAAUUAUAGGAUUAGACAUACUGUUAAAAUGUUAGUACUGUAUUGUACUGUAUUGGUCAAUCUGAAUUUAAUAAAAAUUAAUAGAAAUUGAAGGCAAAUGUGAAAGAAUGGAACAAAUGAUAAUUUUAUGUAUAGGGAAAUUUUGAUCAGAAAUUCCUGAGGUGUUUACACUAUCAUAGACUAUAAUGUAUUACUUAUUCUAGAAAUAGUAAAUUGUUUGCAAGUCACUAAUCUUCAACUUACUUUGGCUGUAGCCCAUAAGUUUGUGAUUAAUACUAAGCAAACUUGGUUUUGCUGCUUAUUCUUCAGAUGAUUAAAUCAACAGUUUCUUUUAAGAAACUAUAAAAGUCGUAGGGAAAACUUUGAUACUGCUUCAUCAGUUGAAGGGGUUUGACUACACUUAUGGUAGCAGAGAAGGGAGUUUUAAGAUUAUUCAGUCAGAGAAGAAAGCUGGAAAGUUCUGUUAGGAUCUGGCAGAAUUAACUUUUUGAACAAAAGUUUUAUACACAGAUAUUUGUAUUAAAUUUGGAGCCAUAGUCAGAAGAUUCGUAUCAUGAUUGGCUUAUUUUUCUAUUUCCUUACCUAUCGUAAUUUCCACUUUUAUAAUAAUUUUGAUUUAAAAGAUAAAUUUAUUUAUUUAUUUUUUUAACAGUCAAAAAUUAUUGCUGUUAGAAUCUGCAACCUUUCCUGUGUUGCUUUUAGGACUAAUCAAACACUCCAAAAAUUGAGAUGAAACUUUAUGACAAGAUUGAAAUUGUAGUUAACUUUAAAAAAAUGCUACAGCCAUUUGCAAGGGUAGUUUUCUAAUGGAAAAAAUGUCUGGCUGCUUUCACAUAAACAUACUUGUUUUCAAAUGAAAACUUGCUCUGGCAAUUUCUUAAAUUAAGCAUAUUUUUUUCUAUUUUGUCUGAACAUGGUAGUUUCAUUUUUGUAAGAUUCAUCACAGGUAUUGGUGCUGCGUAACAAUGAAUUGUAACUAGCAAGUGGUUGGUUCAGCAUUCACAUUAUUAGUCUUUUUUUUAAGGUAUCUUAACACUUCUUUUCUAUUUAUAACUUCAAACUCAUAAAAUGUACAAAGCAGUUCAUAAUUUUGUUUUCAGUAAACAAUUCUUUUGCUUUGGUAGGGCACUAAAACACAGCAUUUAUCCUUAUAAAUGAACUUCUGAUCAUCUGUAACAUUGUCACUUACUUCAAUUUGCAGUAUCUUUUUUUUUAACUGAAUAUAUUAAUGUUCCUCUGAAUGUUAUUGAUAAGUGUUCAGAAGGGGAAAACUCAGUGAAAUAAAAGAGUAAUAUUUAUUCAUGGUGAUCAAUUAAAUUAUUUACCUAACUUAAGAAAAUGACAUGAAGACAGAGUCUGGGUCUACCUGUGGAAUAUGUAGGUUUAAUUUCAUUGCUUGAAGGUGUAGUCAAAGAUAAUUGGUUUGGGAAGUCACCAUAUAAUUUUGUUUUAAGUUAACCUGCAUGCUGUAAAAUGUGUUUUAUGUUUAAAUAAAAAGGAAAUUUUUGGACAA